CACAUAUGUACAGUCACAGACCAGGGGUCACGGACCAAUCUGCAGGCCUGUGUGACCGGGGCUGUUUUCCUCACAACUAGUGGAUGCCAGACGGCUGCAGUCUUCCCUGUGCGGCUGAGGCCUCAUUGUUACAAACAAGGUGGAGGCCAGAGUAGCGGCGGGGUGGUGGUAGAGGCAGUCGGUAAGGUGCUGACCCUACUGUCGGUCGUCUUCAUCAUCAUCACCUUCCCCAUUUCAGCCUGGAUGUGUGUGAAGGUCAUUCAGGAGCACGAGAGAGCCAUCGUCUUCAGACUGGGCCGGGCUAUUGAAGGACGAGCCAAAGGACCCGGUCUGGUCUGGUUCAUCCCCUGGUUGGACGCCAUCCAGACAGUAGACCUGCGCACCAUGUUCUUUAAUAUCUGGCCACAAGAGGUCUUGACUGCGGAUGCAGUGCCGUUAAAGGUGGACGCUGUUGUGUUUUUCUGGGUGGUAGACCCCUUCAUGUGGGUGAUGCGUGUUGUAAAUGGCCCCCAGGCCAUGUCCUUGCUGGCCCAGACGACUCUGAAGACCAUGAUAGGUGCUCACACUCUGGAGGACGUGUUAACGCAGAAGCUGGCCGUGGCAAAGAGGAUGGAAGUGAUUGCAGCCAAUGGGGAAGUGUCAGUAUCCCACGCUUUGGUGAAGGCGGCGUCGACAUUUGAAGGAAACACGGUGGCGUUACAGCUGAGGUUCCUGCAGUCACUGUUGUCCAUGAAGAGCAGCGCGCGGUCCGUCGUGGUCUUCCCCGUCCCUACCGAAGUCUCGGAUGUCACUGUUUCCUCGCUGCCUUAGCUCCUCACAAACAUCAAAACUCUGCAGCUACUUUCUGGAAAAAUAAAAAGUUUACGUUUAAACCAGAAUGUGAAAGAGAAAGAACGCAAAGGAACAAACCUGUCUGAGCAUUCAGCGCUCUCACUGUUACACUAACUGUAAAUGUGUAAAUAUGUCACACCCAGUGUUUGUAUUUGUGGUAUGUCUGAAUUUUGUUUCCAAGCACCGCGUCACUUUGGACAGAUGUGUUAUUGUACUGUAUGAAGCAUAAAACUUUUCCUCUGUUUUAUUCAGAGCUUCAACUUCAGACUUUGUCAGAACAGGUCAUCUAGGAUAAAGCCCUAUAAGCAUGUUACUGUUUAUUAAACUCAUUUCAAUUUAUUUGUUGCCA